AUGCCGCCCGUUACAUCCGACAAUGACCUCCCCAAGUUGCUCAACACGCCAACGAAGCAGGUCAAGCGAAUCAAGAAGCUGGUGUCAGAGCAUCUUGGAAGCGCCUCCAAACGUGUCGACAGGCCACCGAUGCAGGGGAUCUUCAGCCGGACCUUCUUCCAACUGGAUGUUGACGCCUUCGUGGUAGCCAAAGGGGCCCUGGACCGAGUUGUCCCGGAUGUGAUGGCUCUCCAUGACGACGAACUGGAGAAGUACGGCGUCUGGGCUUACUCUCUUGAGCGUUUGCCGGGACAGGUGUGGGUUCACGGUGUCGCAGGCAAGGGCGGUGAAGGCCGUAUCGCCAUCAACAAGUCGCUUGGGCGUGUACUGCCCAAAGGAUACCUUGCCGACAACAGCGGCGAUGCUGUAGCAACCAAGGUCCGGCCACAUAUCGAGGCCAUACUGGCUAGCCCGCUGGACGAGGUUGCGACUUAUCGACCUUUGCUACAAGGGUUGCUUGACAAGCUAGACGAUCUCGGCAAGCUACCUCUUUGGGUCUCGCACUACGACCUCAACGACGUCAACGUGCUCAUCGACGAAUCCUGUGGGGUUACCGGCUUGAUCGAUUGGGAGUUGUCCACACCGAAGCCCUUCGCCACGGGGCUGUUUGCUGGCAUGACUCAGCAGACUCGUGGGAUGUUGGAGAAGAAUAUCGAUCUGGUCCAGGACGCCGUUAUUCUUGGCACGCUCUUGGACAGCUUUUUCUAG